CUACUGGCUGCCCCUCUCUCGCCUCUCCCGCCAGACUCCCUCUCCGCGAUGGCCUCCGCACUGAGCUAUGUCUCCAAGUUCAAGUCCUUCGUGAUCUUGUUCGUCACCCCGAUUCUGCUGCUGCCACUCAUCAUUCUGAUGCCCGCCAAGUUUGUCAGGUGUGCCUAUGUCAUCAUCCUCAUGGCGAUUUACUGGUGCACAGAAGUCAUCCCUCUGGCUGUCACUGCCCUCAUGCCUGCCUUGUUUUUCCCGCUCUUCAAAAUUCUGGACUCCAAACAGGUGUGCGUCCAGUACAUGAAGGACACCAACAUGCUGUUCCUGGGUGGCCUCAUCGUGGCUGUGGCCGUGGAGCACUGGAACCUGCAUAAGAGGAUCGCCCUGCGCACGCUCCUCUGGGUGGGGGCCAAGCCUGCCCAGCUGAUGCUGGGCUUCAUGGGCGUCACGGCCUUUCUCUCCAUGUGGAUCAGCAACACGGCCACCACGGCCAUGAUGGUGCCCCUUGUGGAGGCCGUGCUGCGGCAGAUGGAGGCCAUGAGCGCAGCCACCGAGGCCAGCCUCGGGGCUCUGGAGCUGGCAGACAAGGGCAAGGCCGGCGAGCUGCCAGGGAGCCAAGAGAAUUUUGAAGGUCCCUCCAUGAGGCAGCGGGAGGUCGACAGGAAGAACAUAUGCAAGGCCAUGACCCUGUGCGUGUGCUACGCAGCCAGCAUCGGAGGCACUGCCACCCUGACCGGCACGGGACCCAACGUGGUGCUCCUGGGACAGAUGCAAGAAUUGUUUCCUGACAGCAAAGACGUCGUGAACUUCGCCUCUUGGUUUGGAUUUGCCUUCCCUAAUAUGCUGAUCAUGCUGCUGCUCUCCUGGCUGUGGCUCCGGUGUACUUAUAUGAGAUUCAAUAUUAAAGAGUCCUGGGGCUGCGGGCUGGAGAAGAAGAGUGAGGAGAAGGCUGCCCACGAGGUGCUGUGGGCGGAGUACAGGAAGCUGGGGCCCCUCUCCUUCGCUGAGGUCAACGUCCUUCUCUGCUUCUUCCUGCUGGUCGGCCUGUGGUUCUCCCGGGACCCCGGCUUCAUGCCCGGCUGGCUGUCAAUCACCUGGGUGGAGGGCAAGACAAAGUAUGCCUCCGAUGCCACAGUGGCCAUCUUUGUCGCCAUCUUGCUAUUCAUUGUGCCUUCGCAGAAGCCCAAGUUCAACUUCUGCAGCCAGACUGAGGAAGAAAUGAAAACACCAUUUUAUCCACCUCCGCUGCUGAAUUGGAAGGUGGCCCAGGAGAAAGUACCCUGGGGCAUCGUGCUGCUCCUGGGGGGUGGCUUUGCUCUGGCUAAAGGAUGCGAGGCCUCGGGGCUGUCAGAAUGGAUGGGGAAGCAGAUGGAGCCCUUGCAUGCUGUGUCCCCAGCAGCCAUCACCUUGAUCUUGUCCACACUCAUUGCUGUGCUCACAGAAUGCACAAGCAACGUGGCUACCACCACCCUGUUCCUGCCCAUCUUUGCCUCCAUGUCACGUUCCAUUGGCCUCAACCCGCUGUACAUCAUGAUCCCCUGUACCCUGACUUCAUCCUUUGCCUUCAUGUUGCCCGUGGCCACCCCACCUAAUGCCAUCGUGUUUUCCUAUGGACAUCUCAAGGUUUCCGACAUGAUGAAAACAGGACUAAUAAUGAACGUCAUUGGAAUCACCUGUGUAUUUUUGGCCGUCAACACCUGGGGACGGGUCAUAUUUGACUUGGACAGUUUCCCUGACUGGGCUAAUGUGACAGCACAUUGA